CGCCAUGACAUUACCAUGCAGGUAGCACUAUAUAAACAUGUAGAGGUUUGUCGGUCGAUACAGGAGGCGGGUGAAUACUUCAAGUCACUGGAUCCCAACUGGGAAUUUAAAAAAAGCAGCAUAGAAAUGAUGAAAUUUGUGGCCUUGGUUACCAUCUCUGUGAUGAUGAUGAGCGGCUCAUUAGUUGAGGCUAAGCCUAGCUUCCGUCAACUUGUUUUGGGCAAAGCGGAUGAUUCUUGCGUCGGCAGAUGCGGUAUUGCCGGAACUGAUUUGACCAAGCCUUGCCAGUGCAAUCCAUCCUGCCUGACCUACAACGACUGCUGCGCCGAUUUCUUGCCAACUUGCAAUACUUGCCAGGGCCGUUGCACAGCCGGUUACGACAACAAAUGGCCGUGUCAGUGCAAUGCUGAAUGCUCCACGUACAACAACUGUUGCCCAGACAAACCAGAUCUUUGCGGAGGCACCGGUGGUGGAGCCGUUACUAAUGCUGAGCUUCAAGCUCUUUCCCAACAGAUGCACAUUGAUGAUGUCAACGCCGUCCAGGGUAUCGUCCUCAAUAUGCAGUCGACAACAACAUCUGGCAGCACCACCGACAAGGCCCCGUUACCAUUGUUUUCGAGCGUUCCAGCUGAUGCCUUCUCUGGCCCAACAAUCAGCGCUCUUUUGGCCCUUUUCGACAAUUACGACGAGAAUUGCAAAAUAACUGAAGUCAUUACAGCUGAGGAAACAGCCGAAGACAAUGCUUUCCUCGACGCCAUUUUGGCCACCAGCGUCAUGCAACAGGCUCACCAAUUCCUCGUCUCUAAAGGUUUGGCCGAUGCCGACGUCGCCGUCUUCAAAGAGUACCUGCGCCUUAUCUGGUUGGGCCAGUACAACCGCGGUGGCGGCAUCGAGGGAUCUUCUGGUCUUGAACACGUCUUCCUUGGCGAGAAGAACGGCAACAGCAUUUCCGGCUACCACGGAUGGAUCAAGUACUACCAGGACGAGUUGGCAGGAAAGAUGAACUAUCUGGGCUACAUGGCUAAAAUCGAUCUUGGAGUGAGCUCCGUCAUUGAAAUGCCAAUGAACUGGGAUGGCAUCUACAAGUCCAUCAGCUCCAUCUCUGUUUCAGGAAGCCCCGAAAUCGAGUUGGCCCUGGCCACCGUCUGUUUCCUGGCCCGACCCAACGCCAAGUGCCCUCUUCAGGGCUCUGACGGAACGGCUUACGCUUACCAGACCUACACCCUUUCCUACAAUGGCAAUACUUAUGUUGGUAGUGCUUACCCCACCUACUAAAUGUGUUAAGAGAUGAUCUGCAAUCAUCUCCCCAUUAAAAUGGUCACCUGCCGAUAUUUUCCAAAAUUAAUUUCGCCAUAUCUAUCACAAAAAUAAACAAUUAUUCAUGAAAGAAACGGGUUUGCGAAAUAAAAAAAACAUAACCUCUAUGUAAACAAUAUAAUUAUUAAGACUUCA